UGAUGAGGAGCGAGCUCGAGGCAGACGCUUCCAUUCGGACGGCAUCUUGACGUUCACGUUCCAUAGCGACGUCCCCACCCGAGACUGUUUUAUUAAGAUUGAGAUAUAUAUAAAAAAUAUAUAUAUAUAUAUUUAAAAAUAAAACAAAAUAUGUUUUAAUUCGCUGGACGUUCAACAACACUGAUACAUUUUUUUUGUUUGUUUGUUUUUAAACAAUAUAUAUAAUUUUUUUUUUAAAAAGAGUUAAAAACGGUUUAAAAUGUUUCUAUCAGGACAGAUGGGAGUCUUUGGGAUUUUGGUCCUGUGUUGUUGCAAUUUUGGACAAGCUGCGGCUCUGCAGUCUCCUGAGAUCUGCUACGUCCUAGACGGGGUUCUGUUUGUAUACGGGAUCGUCCUCACUGUGCUGUACUGCAGACUGAAGAUGAUGUCCGACAAACCUCCUGUGCAAAAGGGAUCAGAGAAAGAAGGAGAAGGCAUCUACACGGGAUUGUCGCUUGCCACGCAGGAUACCUACGAAACCAUUAAAACACAGAAGAAAUGAGCAAUCCGAGGAGCUCGCUGCCGUCACCGGAUUUCAUAAUCCUAUGUAAUCCAGGUGACUGAAGCAAACCUCUCCGUUCAUACAAACUGGCUUCACACGUUUCAGAAAGGACGUUCACUUACCAGCUGAAAAAAAAUGUGUAAAAACACACCCCGGGCUGCAGAAGUUUCCUGUAAAAUGUUUCCAAACAGAAAAUAACCUUCCGGUAAUAGAAAACGAGGCCUAUUUUUAAAAUCUCGCUUUUUAUUUUUAGUUAUAGCGCAUUUUAUAUUUUUUAAAAAAAAAUAAUAAUCAUGUAAUGGAAAUCAUAAUAAUAAUUUACUAAUGCGAUAAUGUUGAUUUUUUUAAAAAUAAAUUGUUUGUUUACCGCUGUGAGCUUCAAAAGGUUCCUUCUUUUUAAAUAUUUGAUGUUGUUUUGCUUAGAGAUUUCUGGCCGGUUCGGGGUUCCCCUUGCUGCAAUACUAAUGUCUUAAUUUAUUAUUAAUUAGGGUUACCAUGUGGCUCCAGAUUAACCGGACGCUGUGAGACGGAACGGGAUUUCAAACUUGCCCCUAAAUUGAAAUAAAUGAAGGUGUAAAUGAACCAUCCUUAGCUACAAUUAAUAAUGGUGCCUAAAUACCCGCAUGCGCGUCAAAUAAUUGUAUUAUACCAAGAAUGAAUUGCAGCCAGUCGCUAUUUUUUUCUGUUUGUUAAAAUUCAAUCUCCCACAUUAUUCUGCAAAUACAAUCGCAUCAUCAUCUCGAUGCUCUAUUCGUUCAUUAAGAUCUGAUCAGAAGCAGCUGAUCAGUGUGACUUGUUUGCUGCGCCCAAGCAAUUCCACCACAGCAGGAUUAAUCUCAGCAAAGGUGGAGCUCAUUUAUACGUGAAUUACUUUCAAUUUAGGGGGAAUUUUGAAAUUCCGGUCUGUCUCGAAGCGUCCGGUUAAUCUGGAGCCAUAUGGUAACCCUAAUUAUAGCUCUAAAUCUGCCUCGGUCCUUUCAAACAUGUGACCACGAGGUCAUGUGAUAUUAUAUAUAUCUAUAAUAUAACUUUUGCCCAAGCAGACUUACGUUCUUAACCGUGUAUCCCCUUCAGUCACUGUGUGUAUAUAAUUAAAAACAGUAGACGAGUUUGAAGCACACGAUGAGUCAUCUUUAUUUAUUUUUUAAAUGCCCCCUGUGUUUUAGACCAGUGCUUCCCAACCCUGCUCCUGGAGGACCACCUACCCUGCUGGUUUUUGUUCCAACGAGCUCUUAAUUACUUAAUUGAACCCUUAAUUUAAGUGAUCAUUUGUUUAAAUUUGACUUUUUAAAUCGUGUAACUUAUAAAAAGUUGGAGAAUUCAAGUUCCUUAUACAAUGUUAUGCUUAACUUUGAACCCCAACUUGUUUGAAAUAAUUAAAAGGCGCUGAGUAGGCAAAUUAUUAGUUCAAUUAAGAAAUUGCAAGCUCGGUUGGGGCAAAAGCCAGCAGGGUAGGGGGUCCUCAAGGACUAGGAUUGGGAACCACUGUUUUAGACCAUUGCGUCUGAACCCUGGUCCCCCGGGGCCCCCACGCAGGAGCGGGGUUGAGAAUCACUGGUCUAGAUACUUCAUCUGAUCCGCGCAUUUCUGUCUCUCUGUGUGUAAGAUCAAAUCCGCUUCCGUUUCUGCCCUGUCCUUCUCCUCGCUGUGCUAAACUGGAAGUCGUGUCUUUAUCUAAAGCAGAAGUGGCUUUCCUUCCGCUCUCAAAGACUUAAAAUUGGUGCGAUUAUGAUGUGAUUUAAAUGGAACAAAUUGAAGACACCUCUCUCAGGCUUCAAAAUGUUUUAUAGGGUGUGUAAACUUUUGAAGCAAGCGCAUUUAAAAAAAAAAAAUCAUCGUCAACUGCAAAAAGACCUAGGGGGGCCCAUAAAAUAAAUAAUUAAGUUAAUUGAGAGCAAAUGAGGGAAGGAGGGAGAGGGGAGAAUUGUUUUUCGGCUAUCCUCGCAGCUCGUGUCAUUGAGUCCUGCGUGGGGUCAGCCUCGCUGCCCUUCUCUCUAUUUUCUGGAGUGUAAUGAUGUGGAAUAGUCUUGCAAUGGUUUUGCCUGCUUGUGAGUUUUUCAGUUUUCUGUACAGUAUGUAUUUUAGACAUUUAUUUUUUUUUUUUUAACCAAUGUGUUUUAAGAGCUCCGUGUAUUUUUUAAUGCAAUAAAAUAGCUACAACUUAAAA